GGCAUUUUGACUUCAUUUAACAUUAACCAAUUAAUUGUAAUCAACUGCAACCUAUUGCGUGAUCAUCACCUAUGUUUGUAAGUAGACAAUCUGCCACUGCUCAUGAAGAUAUUAUAUGCUGCCGAUCAAAAGAUGUUCUAUUGAUUAUCAGAAGUUCUACUGAUCAGGGAGAAGACUCCUCUGUAGAUAGGUUGGUAGGAAUAGGACAUCGAUCAAGGAGAAGGUAUCUGCUGGUCAUCUCCUAGUUGUCAACUCGGGAUCCACUGACCAGAACAUUUAUUUUGCAAUUGAUCAGAUACAGGAUUAUAUGCCUCUGAGAUGUUGAUUUGUCACUUUCUCUAAAAGUGACUGGAACUUCUGCCAUCAUUUACAGUACUUUUUGGUGAAGAGCAAAGCAACCUGUGAAAAUGAACGUCUCAAUCCAGAUCUCAUCCCAAGAACCUUACCACCCAGAAUCCAUACUUAUUCCCGUGUUAUACUCCCUCAUAUUUCUGGUUGGUACUGUGGGCAACAGCCUGGUGCUGGCAGUAUUAUUGAGAAAUGGUAAUGUUAAUAACACCACUAACUUAUUCAUCCUGAAUCUAGGAGUGGCAGAUUUAUGCUUUAUCAUCUUUUGCGUGCCUUUCCAGGCCACCAUUUAUACCCUGGACCGUUGGGUUUUUGGACCCUUUAUGUGCAAAGCAGUGCACUUCUUUAUAUACCUCACUAUGUAUGCCUCCAGCUUCACCCUGACCACAGUGUCCCUAGACAGGUACCUGGCAAUACGUUAUCCACUACGUUCCAGGGAGCUUCGAACACCUAAGAAUGCAUUAAUGGCCAUCACUCUAAUCUGGAGCCUAUCCUUGAUUUUUUCUGGCCCAUACCUCAGCUACUACCAAGAGUUCCAGACAGACAACCUUACUUUGUGUCAUCCUGUAUGGCAGAUUUCCCAUCGCAAGACUAUGGACCUUUGCACCUUUGUGUUCAGUUACGUUAUUCCUGUGCUCAUCCUUGGCCUCACCUAUGCUCGUACAAUCCGCUACCUCUGGACUUCUGUCAAUCCCAUUGACGACAGGUCUGAAUCAAAAAGGGCCAAGAGGAGAGUGACCCGUAUGAUCAUCAUUGUGGCUGUUUUGUUUUGCCUGUGCUGGUUGCCUCACCACUUGGUCAUACUUUGUGUCUUGUUUGGUUACUUUCCCCUCAAUAAUUUCACUUAUGCCGUUCGUAUUCUCUCCCACCUAGUGUCUUAUGCUAAUUCCUGUGUCAAUCCAGUGGUGUAUGCUCUAGUAUCUAAACACUUUCGCAAGGGGUUCCGCAAAAUAUUCCUUUGUCUUCUGUUUCGACAAAGGUCAGCCAACAAGGUCCAUGUGGUCCCUACUGUCCAUGCUGGUGUCAGCACACUAGAAGCAGCAUGCACGGAAGUGACCCAGCUCAGUGAGGGUCACAUGCAUUGCUCUGCCUGCUGCCAAGAUUCUAGAAGCACCUGGGAAGAGACAGAAAGGAUUGGGGAUAAGGGAGCCCAGACAUUCCUCCCAUUUAAUGCAACAUAGUAAGCCAUGGGGAUAUGUAUUUCAGAACUUGAAUAUUACUUGCUCAGAGCCAUCUAAAUCCAAGAAUAUGGUGGAUAAGCCCAUUGUCACAUAUACGUGAAGAACUGGAGUGUCUAUAACACCAUAACCAGCAUUGACAGCUUUUUAAAAGGUGGACAUCAUUGAAGAGCAUCAACGCAUUCUUAUACCAUGUCUAUGCUUUCAAGUAUUUACCAAAGCAAUGCAGGCUGCUUAUUGUUUAAGUAUAUUUCUUCACACAAGCACUAUAGCUGUAUCCACACAGU